AUGCCUCUCCAGCCUCGAAAACCGAUCCCGCAAUUCUUACCUUCUGAUGGGACGAAGCACGAAUCUACAACUUCGAAUGGCUGUCCUCAGGACGAUUCUGCCACGCACGCGAGCAACGGGACCAGUAAUGUCGACUCGAUCUAUUUGACGGUUGGAUUCGCAAUACCCCACGGAGAAACGCUCGAAAUAUCAGGCACGCUAGAACUGGAAACUGACGAUGAGAAGCCUUAUCACAUGACACCAAGGCCUGGCACCAGUGACUGGUAUGAGCAGGGUACGGAGAAUGUAAAGCAUACGUUGGCGGAUAUGAUGAUUGGAUAUGGCUGGCUGCCUAGUGUUGACUACAACGACAAGAAGUUCUGUCUCCCAUUCUCGAAACUCAUCAUCAUGAUAGGAACGAUCAAAAUACAAUGGGGUUUCCCUAUAUCAAGAGCGGAACAAACAUUUCUAAGCCAUGUGCUGAUACCAUUUUCUCGAGCUGAUGAGAAGAGCUGCGGUGAAGGUAGUGAAGAGGUUCAGACGCUUUUCUCUGCCGGGUGGAAAUCAAUUCUACACCUCAAAGCCACAGCGGAGAGAUGCUCCAGGAAGAGUCGAGCGCAAGAUACGGAAGCGGGUGUGAGAGGAAGUCCAGGGGGAUCUCAGAAGUCAAGAAACUGGGAGACUAGCGGGAUAGCGAAACUGUUUCAAGACAUGGUGCUCACAGAAGAGUACAAGAACACGGAAAAAUUAAAGGAUGCGGAGGUUGAAGAUCUCUGCUUGGUAUUUCGAGAAAUGGAAAGCAUAUACCACAGGAGCCCUAUCCCGACUAAAGCUGACCAAGAUCAUGAAGUUCGUUUCAGAACACCAACAAGAUCGGAAUUGGCAAGACAAGCAUACGAAAGAUCGCGGUUAUCAAGUAGUGAUGAGGACGAGAACCAUAAUGGAGAAGUUGGGAUAUCGGCAAUAACAGAACUACCAGAAUCCAACACCGCCAGCCAUAAGGAGGAUCAGUGUUGCGAUGCAAGAAUGGAGAAGCAGGAGUUGAGAGGGGAGGCAGAGGUGCAACACAGCUGUGAUGAUGAUGAAGAGGAAAGCGGCACAGAAGGUGGAAAACCUGCACAGGCAGAAAAUACGAGGAUUCAGUACUGCAGUGACGAUGAAGAAGUUAAAGAUGCAGGCGUAGCGAUGGGAGAGCCUGCAUCGGCCGAGAAGGGAGAGUUACAAGAGCCACAAGAGCCGAGAAGUCAUGGCGAUGAAGCUGGAGAGGAAACAUCGGCCGAGCAAAAAGGCGCCCAGUAUUCCUCUGAUGACGAGGAUGAGGAGAGUAGCACCAUACUUAGACAACAACCCUACGAUAAGAAAGUGUGGGAAUACUACAGCGAUGACGACGACGAGGAGGAUGGAGGUGUAGCAAUCAGGAACGUGCGCACUCUUUACGAGGAGCUAGCAGAGAAGCACGAAGAAAUGAAGGAGUAUUUGGGUGGGAAAUAUUGGAGAAUUUCAAAGUUUGCCGAGCAGUGGAUGGGGGAAGAUGGCCGUCUAGAGAUGUUGCGUGCGCAAGCGAAAAGUAGCGUUCGGAAGAGCAGUGGUUAG